UUGAUCCAUUCUUACACGAAACCAAAGUGCUAUUACCCAAACAUCAACUUGCAUUCUCUCCACCUCCGAUCCGCUAAACGCAACAGCCAUGAGUUUGAGGAAAUGCGCGUUUGUGUUCAUGUUAAGAGAUUUAUACGAACACCCUUCUCAUGUUGGACAUCGUCUUAAGCUUCUCACAACCGGAGCGCCUAACCACACCGACCCGAAAUGCCACCUCUGCGGUAAAAAUACCAAGCGCCUUCUGUACCAUUGCUCCGUUUGCAAACUCAAUUUGGAUUUUAGUUGCAUCUUUGAUUACUUUAGUAGCCAAGCACAUCUGAUAUAUUCGUGGCACCACCAUCCUCUACUCUUUUUUGGUUUUCGUGUUCAGUUGCAGUGCGACGUUUGUCAUAUGUCUCACAGAAAUGGUUACUUUUGCUCACGUUGCCAGUUGGUGGUUCAUAAGGAAUGCGUCUCAAAAAUUGAAUCAGCAGAGAUCACUCACCCUUUUCAUGCCAGACACCCUCUUAAGCUACUCACAGAUGGAGCUCCUGAUUACACAGACCCAGAAUGUCAUAUAUGUGGAAAAGAAACAGCAAACUUACUUUAUCAUUGUGAUAAGUGUAAGUUCAACCUGGAUAUUGAUUGUGCGAUUGGUAACCCCCAACGACUUUCUCUUUCAAAGCUAAAGGUCCAUGAGCAUACACUCACACUCAUGCCAAAAUUGAUGUUCUUUGUUUGUGAUGCUUGUGGGAAGAAAGGCGACCAUGCUCCUUAUACCUGCGUUCAAUGUGAUUUCAUGUUCUUCCAUCAAAAAUGUGCUUAUUUGCCACUUGUCAUUAAUGUCAAUCACCAUGAGCACCGCGUUUCAUUCAAGUAUCCUCUUGGUCCUGGAGAAUGGAUAUGUGGAGUUUGUUGGGAAGAGAUAAAUUGGUCAUAUGGGGCUUAUUCUUGUUCAUCUUGUCCUAACUACGCUAUUCAUUCAAGAUGUGCAACAAGGAAAGACGUGUGGGAUGGGAAAGAGCUCGAUGGAGUACCUGAAGUUAUUGAAGAUGUCAAGCCGUUUAAGAUGAAUGAUGACAACACAAUCACUCAUUUCACUCAUGAACAUAACAUGAGCCUCAACAAAGUAACUCAAGAAAGAAGCAUCUGUGAAGCAUGUGUUCUUCCCAUCGACUCUUACACAUCCUACAAAUGUUCGAAAUCAGAUUGCUGUUUUAUCCUCCAUGAAACUUGUGCUAAUCUUCCUAAGAAGAGACGACACUUUUUGAGCCCACAACCCCUCACUCUUCGCCCCCAAAGCCAACACAAGAAAGAAACUAUUUGUCGAGCUUGUGAUCAAGUUUUUUGCCAAGGAUUCGUCUACUCUACAUAUCAGAAACAGAAUUUUGACUUAUUGUGCAGUUCGAUUACUGUGCCUUUUAAACAUGGAAGUCAUCAUCAUCAUUUGCUCUACGUCAAACUAGAGGUUGGUCACAUGAAGACUUGCCAAAACUGCGGUAUUGACCAAAAAGAAGUCGUCCUAGGUUGUAUCAAAUGCAACUACUUUUUGGAUUUUCGUUGUGCCACUCUACCAUAUACGGUAAGACUUCCCAGGUACGAUGAUCAUCCACUCACUCUUUGUUAUGGUGAAAACGCAAGCGGAAAAUAUUGGUGUGAUAUUUGCGAAAGAGAAACAAAUUCAAAGACUUGGUUCUACACUUGUAAAGAUUGCGGGGUCACUUUACAUGUCUUUUGUGUAGUUGGGGAUAUUAGAUAUGCUAAACCAGGAGGAAGCAUCAACAACAAUCUUGAGUUGGUGCCUAACAAUAGAUCUUCAAGACCACUUUGCCGCAACUGUCAUUGCCAUUGUCCAGCUCCCUUCAUUCUUAAGGAUUCUGUCGAAGACAAUUUUUGUUCUUACUAUUGUUUCAGCCGUUGCAAACCCUGGAUGUCCCUCAUGAAGAAGGAAAAAGGCAUAUGCCCUCCAUGGACCAAAAAUUGAAUCAAGCAAGACAAGAUUCUCAAAUCAAAAAUGUAUAAAGCAUUUGAUUCCUGUCAUUUGUUUCUUUUAUUUAAUUAUGUUAUUUGUUUCAGUUGUGAAGAAGAGGAGAAUUGGUCUUUAUGAACCAUAUCCUCCACUAUACAUGUUUCUCUUGUUGGUAAGAGUUACAAUUCCAUCCUUUUGCUUCUU